CGAAUAUUGUUUCCUUUACCACAUUCGUUCAUUGUUCUGAUCACCGAAACCCUAAUCGUCGAAACCAGUUCCCCCGGUCGGCUCCUCGUGCUUUUUCUUCCUCCCUCUUCUCUCGUUUCCUCGCUUCAAGACACAACCCCGAGCAUUAGCUCUAAGAAAAGUUUCUUCUCGCCAUGUCUCAGGUGGAUAACAGAAAUUCUUCAGCAACCAAGCGUGCUCGAACUGAUGGUAGUCGUCGGGAAGAUGAUUGGACAUGUCCAAGUUGUGGUAAUGUCAAUUUUUCCUUCAGGACGACUUGCAAUAUGCGCAAUUGUACUCAAUCGAGGCCAGCUGACCAUAAUUCGAAAUCUGCUGCAAAGCCAAUUCAAGCCCCUCAGAGUUACUCUUCAUCAGCUGCCUAUCUAGGGUCAGGUGCACCUUCUUCUAUGUACCUGGGUGUCCCUCCAUAUGGGUCUUCACUGUUCAAUGGAACUUCUCUUCCUCCCUAUGAUCUUCGGUUCUCUGGAGGUUCUGGAUAUCAUUAUGAUUAUGGGAGCCGCCUUUCUGCUGGCAGCCCAUAUGGUCCGCUGCAUUUGUCUGGACCAUCACCAUAUUCCAGUGGAUCUAUGUUGGGGAGUGGUGGGAUGUACGGUAUGCCCCCUCUAAUGGAUCGUUAUGGCUUGGGUUUACCCAUGGGCCAUGCUAUGGGGGCAAGGCCAGGAGUCUUUCCAGAUGAGCCUCCAAAGAAGCCUGCAGAUACAACACGUGACAAUGAUUGGACAUGCCCCAAUUGCGGGAAUGUUAACUUUUCUUUUAGAACAGUUUGCAACAUGAGGAAGUGCAAUACCCCAAAGCCUGGGUCACAGGCUGCCAAAUCAGAGAAAAAUUCUAAACAAAAGAUGCCAGAAGGUAGCUGGAAGUGUGAGAAAUGUAACAAUAUAAACUACCCAUUUAGGACCAAGUGCAAUAGACAGAACUGUGGGGCAGAAAAACCAUCAGAGACAAGCAAGUCUCCUGCACAAACAUCUGAUGACGAUGAACAGUGAGUACUAGAACCCUUUUGAGGGUUGAGAAGGUCCAGAGUCUUCGUCCGGCUUGCUCAAUAUGGGUGUCUGAAAAGUUGAGUCUUGUCGUCGUCAUGUUGCAGCGGUUGUUGAGUUACUCUGCCUUCUCAUGAUCAGUGUCAAGUUGUUGUAUUAGCAGCAACCCCUUGUCUACUGGUUUACUACUGGGUAAUGUCAUUUGUGGUCUUUUAUUUUGUUUCUACCCUACUCUCAGAACACACCAUGUCAGGCAAGGUGCUGGUGAUAUCUUUUACAGGUUGGUUCUUGUUGUUUGUUUGAAGUUAGGUUCCUAUAAUUUUGGAAUUGGACUUUUGUCUAUUCUGGUAGGUAUGUUAUGUAGAUUUCCUGGUUGCAUUUAUAGAUAGAAUCUGCAGAAUGAUAGGAUUGAAGCCAUGCAGUAUUUUUGUGUUUUCCAUUUGUUUUAAUUUGUCUCCGCAGAGCUGAGGUAGUAUGCCUGUAGUAAUGGGAUGGUUCUGGAUCCCUCUUAGGUUUUUUAUCUUCAUAUACUCGGUAAAACUAGAAAUGAACUCUGGUACUGGGUCAGCGGUUUUAAUGUAAUGGUGUUUUUUUGGGGGUGGGUUAGCAAGA